AUGAGGCUUUUCGUCGCCGUUGGUUUCGUCGUGGCGGGAGCUGCGCAGGCAAAGGUGCUGUGGGCGUCGACGCCGGCGGAGGCGACGGAUGUUAUGCGGCAGGCUUAUCCGGUGGGAAAUGGCUUUCUGGGAGCUUUGCCGUUUGGGGCGGCGGGAAAGGAGAAGGUGUCGUUGAAUGUGGAUUCGCUGUGGUCGGGGGGACCGUUUGCUGCUAGUAACUAUACGGGCGGCAACCCGAAUACGACAAAGUACCAGUACCUACCUGAGAUUCGAGACACCAUCUUCAGGAAUGGCGCGGGACACGUCUAUCAACUCUUGGGAGACGCCAGCAAUUACGGCUCCUUUCGAGUCCUCGGCAACCUCAGCAUCGCCAUUGACGGCGUGACGAGUACGACGGCAUACAACAGAUCCCUAGACCUGGAUACCGGCAUCCACAGCACGUCGUUCCAGGCGAACGGAAAUACGAGCUACACCACCACCAUCUACUGCUCAUAUCCGGAUAAGGUCUGCGUCUACCGCCUCAGCUCCAGUGACCGUCUGCCUACUGUUACCGUCUCCUUCGAGAACACGCUCGCGGCCCCAGAGCUGCAAAACCCAACAUGCGGAGACGGGUUCGUGCGGCUGGCUGGAGUGACCCAACUCGGCCCGCCAGAGGGCAUGCGGUACGAUGCUUUUGCCCAAGUGGUGGAUAGCCAUAUCCCCCUUAUCCACUGCAGCAACACGACUACUGGUGCGCUUGUCAUCCCCUCAUCCGCCAACACAACGUCAAUCGAGCUGCUCAUCGCCGCCGGGACAAACUACGACCAGAAAAAAGGCACCCGCGAACACAACUUCUCCUUCAAGGGCGAGGACCCCGAACCGCGGCUCAGGCGACUUAUCUCAGCAGCUUCCAAAAAGCACAAGACGCUGCUCAGCCGCCACUUGGAAGACUUCCAAAGCUUGACCCACGCCUUCUCUCUCGACCUCCCGGACACGCUCGGCUCCGCAGGCCUGGAAACGGCCACCCUCAUCACGCGCUACAACACGACGGCCGAGGGAGACCCGUACGUGGACUCGCUGCUCUUCGACUACGCGCGGUACCUCCUGAUCUCGUCGGCGCGGGAGCGCACGCUGCCCGCGAACCUGGCCGGCAAGUGGCUGGAGACGCUCGAGGGCGCGUGGGCCGACGAUUAUCACCUGGACAUCAACGUGCAGAUGAACUACUGGCACGCGGAUCAGACAGGCCUGGGCCGCCUGCAGCAGGGCCUGUGGGACUACAUCGAGGACACGAUUGUGCCGCGCGGCGAGGAGACGGCCGCGCUGCUGUAUGGCGCGCCGGGGUGGCUGGUGCAUGGCGAAGUCAACAUCUUCGGGCACACGGGCAUGAAGGACGUCGAGAAGUGGGCCGACUACCAAGCCGCCCCCGCCUGGCUCAUGCAGCACGUCUGGGACCACUACACGUACACGCAAAACUCGACCUGGUUCGCCGCACAAGGCUACCCCCUCCUCAAAGGGGUCGCGCGCUUCUGGCUGUCGCAGCUCCGCCCGGACGCCCUCACCAACGACAGCACGCUGGUGGCGCUCCCGUGCACCAGCCCCGAACACGGCCCCGUCACCUUCGGCUGCGCGCACUACCAGCAGCUCAUCCACCAAGUGCUGCACGCCACGGCCAGCGCCAGCGCGCUGGGCCACGAGCCGGACGCGCACUUCACGCAAGCCGUGCACACCGCCCUCGCCGCCCUCGACAAAGGCGUGCACGUCUCGCCGCAGACGGGCGCCCUGCAAGAGUGGAAACUCCCCUCCCUGGAGAGCUCCCCAGACAUCGACCCGCACCACCGGCACCUCUCGCACCUCACCGGCUGGCACCCCGGCCACAGCAUCGCGUCGCUCGCGCAGGGCUACAGCGCCGCCCCCCUCCAGGCCGCCGUACGCGCCGCCCUGCUCGCCCGCGGCAACGGCACCGCCCCCGACGCCGACGCCGGUUGGGCCAAGCUCUGGCGCGCCGCGGCAUGGGCACGCCUCAACGACACGGCCGCCGCAGACGCGCUGCUGCGCUACGCCGUGGGCCGGAACUUUGCGCCUAACGGCUUCAGCAUGUACAGUGCGGCCGACCCGCCCUUCCAGAUCGACGCCAACUUUGGCCUGGCCGGCGCCGUGCUGAGCAUGCUGGUUGUCGAUUUGCCGGCUGCGGAGCUCGGGCGGGCCGGAGGCACCGGCACUGUGGUGCUUGGGCCGGCGAUCCCGGGACGUUGGGCUGGGGGAAGUGUUCGCGGAUUGAGGCUGCGGGGCGGGGGCAGCGUGGCGUUUACGUGGGAUGCCGAGGGCGUGGUCACGGAGGCGAGGGUCGAGGGGCGCAGUAAGCGUUUGACUGUCGUGAAUAAAAGGGGGGAUGUGCUGGUUGAGGUGUGA